CAAGAGGAAAGGUGGUGUUUUGUGCUCUGUGUUAUCGAGAUUUUUUUUCUGUUGAGUCAUUUAGAAGCUGAAAUGAGACUGAUCAACAUCCGUGCCAUUGCCAUUCUACUGAUGCCAUUGGCAAUCAUGGCAUCUGUCCAUAGAUAUCCAGAUCGAAGUAAAAUAAGAUCUCAACUUUUAGGAAACAUUUCCUGUGACUUCUAUGGUGCACAUUGCUCCAAAAGAACACUGUGUCACACUGGCAGGGAACAUCGACUUUGCACGGGAUGCUAUGUUGGUUCCGUUUACAUUGAUGUGUCUCAUUUUUGUAAUGGAAAGGGCACGCUUUACGAUCCAGACUACAAGGAAUGCGUGUCUGAGGCAUACGCCAUACGAAGCUGCCCACCUGUCUCCGACCCAGUGCGUGAUCCGGGGCAGCUCAAAUACAUCCAGUGUUCAGAUGCCGUUACGCGUCCGAGACAAGACUGGAUAGUGGAUCGAUACUGCACAGAGUAUAACAUUUGUACCCCAGGCAACUUGUACCAGACUAGGAAGCAGUUGUGUACAAACUACUACCAGUGUUGGAAGACAGAGGACGGGUCGUGGUAUACACAGCUGAGGAACUGCAUUGACACUGAUAAGCUGUAUAAUUAUGAGACAGAUCGCUGUGAAUAUAAACCUGGAACUGGAGAACUGUGUCGCUGAAUGUGAGUUUUGGUAACUGCACACUCACACAAACAAACACACACAUAAACACACAUAAACACACACAAACACACACACACACACACACACACACACACACACACACACACACACACACACACACACACACACACACACACACACACACAGUUUGAUUAUAUUCUUGUUGUUUGAUCUUGAGUUAUUUAUCAAAGAAUGCUAUUUAUUAAUAUACUACUUGUAUUGUUAGUGCUGAGGUUUGUCAAUAUUAAUACACAAUAAUACCAUAUUUAUUAAGCGGUUAGAAUUAAGUAAAAGUACUGUACUGUAAGUGUUACUAAUGUAUUUGUUUUUGAUGUUAUAAAAUUUAUGAACA